CAGCCAGCCGUUUGUUUUGGCUCCGUGUCCUGCGUAAUAAAAAUCCGAUUUUCCAGCAAAAAAUCCGAAUAAAUUGUAAAAAGUAGUGAUAACGAUCGCUGGAGUAAAGAUAAACCACAAUUUCCAUCGAAGAUCACCUUCCGACCUCGGAUUCUCGACGCAGGAGGACGCUGUGUUGGGGAACCAAACGGCGGUGCUCAGUCGUCAUCGUCAGGCCGGAAGGUCCUCCGUACGUCGAAAGGAAACUAACAGCUCCAGCCACAAAUGUCGACGGAAGGUGAUAGGUUUGGAUUACCACGGGGUAUCGGGCAGCGAGACUACGGAGCGAUGAGCAGUACGGCCGGUUCUUCAACGGGUGCCACCACCCUCGGUGGCUUUAGCCCAACCGAGUUUAUCUCGCUGAGCGAAUCGAUCGCCGCCAACACGAUCAUGGUGAAGCAAAGCUGGCAGUUCCUGGAGAAGGUGAACCGGCUAAUCGGAUCGGCCAAAGACAAUCAGUCGCUGCGGGACAAGAUCAACGACAAUCAAAGUGGAACGAACCAAAAGAUCACGAUGACGACUCGCGAUCUGCAGCGACUGACGACGGUGGUUCGGAGUGGCGAUAAGCAACAGAAACUGCAGGUCGAGAAGCUUACGUCCGACUUUAAGAACAUGGUCCAGGCCUACUCCAAGAGCCAGCAAAGCAUCGCGGCCAAGAUGAAGCAGGUACUGCUGGUGAACGCCUCACAGGCCGAUGAUCAAGCCAGUGGGGGCGGUGACGGCGGCAUGGGAGAUAGUGCGUCGGAGCUGCUGCAACAGCAGCAGCAGAUGCAAAUCCAGCAAAGCUUGCAGUUUGAACAGCAAUUGUUGCUUGAGCGUGAACAGCGCGUCCGAGAGAUUGAAGCGAACGUGCUGGAUGUGAACCAUAUAAUGCGUGAGCUGAGCAGCCUUACGAACCAGCAGGGCGAAGCCAUCGAUUCGAUUGAAAACUCUAUCGCCGGCACAGCCGAGAAUGUGGAGCGAGGUGCGGAGGAACUGGAUAAAGCAGCCACCUAUCAGAACAAGUAUAGACGCAAGGUUCUAAUUCUUCUGAUCAUUGCUGUGAUACUAGGACUUAUCGUUACUGGCACCAUCAUCUCGAAGCUGAAAAGCUAAGCCCCUUCCAAUGUUAUGCUAUUUCGAAUCAGUUCGAAUGGUUUCGUAAAAUCGUUUGAUAUUCCCUUCUAUCUUCCUGUCAUUCCCCUUCCCUUUCUUCAAUCAGAGUAUCUAUUGGGCUUAGCCAAGUGUCGUGUGUGCCACGCUCGUUCAAAGCAAGUGCUUCGAUACUACGUGGUACAUCUAUUGCAUUUGCAGCAACAGCAACAGCAAACAGCAGCAUAGACACAUGAAGAGGGUUUUGGACACCUCGCAUCGAAAGGAAUCGAAUGGAAAACGUUAUUCAAGUGCACGUGUCUUAUCUAGCGAGGGAUAAGUGUUUUGUUUUCUUUUUUAUAUGUAUUACUCGAAUUAAUAAAGGCUAAAUAUCUGGA